AGACACACACACACUCCCUCACCAGCGUCGUGCAUGCUUUUGCUCUUUCACUCUUUUGACAGAUGAGCAAAGAUGUGGCCGUACGUUACCAGAAUACGACACCCGUCAGCACACACGUGGCGUUUUGUGAGAUGCUGCAGAGGCUCAGCGCAAACCCAACAUCGUGGCUUGCAAAGGACUUGGUCGACGAGCGAUCGAGACAUUGCCGUGCGCAGACCGCCCCGCUGCGAAACGCUUCUCAGAAACCCUUCCCGACUGCAGCCACAGAGCGAGAGGCAGCCCCGUUACGUCGUUUGCCGGGGCGGACACCGAGCACGAGCGGCGAAACAGUUGCUGAGUGCGAGGAACUGAAGUCCUUUUACUUUCAAGUGGGAAAAGAAACCGUGACAGCGUUUGCGGGUCGACUGCUCUAUCAAAACUUGCUGAGAUGCCACCACGAAGAAGCAACAGCCGAGCAGACCAAGGGCGUAGCUCCGGGCUCCUUCUCUACAUCCGAUCGGCAGUCCAUGCUGCGACAGGGAAUGCGCACGUUUUUGGAGACGGUUGCACGUCAGGAGUCCGAUCUACGGAAACUCGCCGCCACUUGUCAAGCGCAUCAGCGGCACUGCUCCACGAAACUGUUGCCGGAAGUAAAGAAGUUUUCCGCGUUACCGCAGGUACCGCUGCAGAAAUGGGCAGGUGCGCACCGCUACAACAAUUGGUUUGUCAAGGUUGCUGCGCCGUCCUUCGAUGAAGAUGGGAGGCAAAGCAGGACCACGACAAUCGAUAAACGUGCUAUUAAUGCGCGUGUGCCGCGGGCUUCUCUCACAGCCGCCGUUGCACCUUCCGCGACGGCGCUACCGAAGCUUCUCGUGAUGCCGAGCGACGUGGAGGCGGAGCUUCUCAAGUACUGGAAGCUGCACGAGGAGGCGGCGGCGCGGUCACGGUUGGAGGCGCUGCGGAGCCACGACGCCGAGGCAUUUGCGGCACACGUCAGCCUUCUCAAAGUCUCUGCCUUGCUUGAAAUUAUGGAGAAGACAGAGGGCUUCAUGCGACGCAUCGGCAUGCGCCUCGAAUCGCAGGCAGUGGGCACACCGCAUCCGCACGCCACGCCGAGCGACAAGGACGGUGCCACGCGUACGCUUCACGCCGCAGCACCUGCCGGGCGGCGAGGCGACAGCGACUACGCGCGUUUCCGGGCCUACGUGGCUUCGACGAAGACCGAGUUCAAACUGAUCCACCGCAUCGACACCUUCGUGCCAUCACAACCAACGGAGCUGCAGGCAACGCUGCUGCCGCACCAAAUGGACGGCCUGCGCUUUCUCGCGUCGCUGCAUGCAAACCACAUCAACGGCAUUCUCGCCGAUGAGAUGGGGGUGGGCAAAACAAUCCAGACGCUUGCCUUCCUCUUGUAUUUGAAGGAAAAGCGAAGAGCUGCCGAUGCAGCAAUGGUGCUGAGAGGAGCGGAUGCGCAGACCGACGUCCGACGUCCUCAUCUCGUUCUUGCACCCUUGUCGGUGAUCCGUGAAUGGCGGGAGGCGUGCGAGCAGUUUGUGGCCCCCAGUUUUCGUGUGGGCGUUUUCCAGGAGCUCGACGAUGCGGCGCACGACGCUCCCGCCUACGAUUUGAUUCUGAUGCCGGUGCACGCCGUUCGCUACGCGGGGGCAGAGGCGGUACGUGUGCAGUGGGACUACAUCGUCGUGGACGAGGCACACAAGGCCAUGGCAAACCUGAAGACAGUCACCGCACAGGCUAUUCUGGCGCUGCCGUGUGCGCGGCGACUCGUCCUGACCGGCACUCCUCUAAGCAGCGACCUGCAGGAGUUGUGGUCGCUGCUGCAUUUUCUAAAUCCGAGCGUCUUCUCUGACAACGACGCUUUUGAGGAGGUCUUCCGCCGUCCUUUUCAGGUGUAUGAGGCGAGUGAGAUGGAGCUGACGGAGGAGGAGCGCGGGCUGCUGGUGCUGCGGCUGCAUCAGGUGCUGCGGCCCUUUCUUCUCCGCCGCACCAAAGCGGACGUUGACGCUUCGCUACGCAUCACGUUUCAUCGGGUGCUGUGCCCGCUGUCGACGAUGCAGCAACGGCUUUUGGGCUUGCUUCGGCAGCAAAGACGCACCCCAGCCGUACUGCAAGCUCGCCUCGGCAGCGAUGCGGAGGACGAGGAGCCGGACAGCGACGCGGCAGACAAUCCUUCCGUCGCGGGCUUGUCGGCAGCCGCAUGCGAUGGUGCGACGCCUGCGGCCUAUCCGUACCCUCAACAAAGUGUGUGCAUAAUGACUGAACUCAGCAAAUUGGUCACGCGCUACUUACCCAAUCUUGCGGCAGUCAACACAUCAGAAACCAAGCGGAACAGCGUGCAGGCAGACAAAGGCCUUGGCCUCAGCAGUGCAAACAUCUCCGAGUGCGCCGCUCAGCAAGUGUGCAACCACGCCUUCUUACUACCGUUUUUCCCCGAGGUUCUGCAACGGCAUGGCUUUGAUGACGCGACACGGGAAGGCUUUCCCGAUGCAGACAUCCACAGCGGAGCUGCCAUCAUGACGCUGGCGUGCAGUGGCAAGUUUAUCGUGCUUCACCUCCUGCUCUCGCGCCUCUUUGUGGCGGGUUGCAAGUUGGUGCUCUUCACGCACUGGCUGAGCUGCGUGGACCUCAUUGUGGAUUACCUUCACAGCCGGGGCUGGAUGCAACACAUGGAGGUGCUGACCGGUGGAAGCAGCGAGGCGGAGCGGAAGGCCAGCGUGCGUCGCUUUCAGAACGACCCUACCUGUCUGUUCUUCGUACUGUCUAUCAAGGCGGGCGGCUGUGGGAUCAACCUGCAGGCAGCACACGUCGUCGUGCUGCUCGAUCGCGACUACACGGCGACGAACGAGGAUCAGGCGCUGGCGCGGGUGUACCGAAUUGGGCAGCGCCACACCGUGCGUGCGUUGUACUUCUCCACCGAUGACGUCAGCGAGCACCGCGUGACGCGGCGGGCACAAGACAAAAACCGACCUCGGCAGGCCAUCAUUGACGGCGGUGUGUACCAAGUGACGGAGCCGGUCGAGACCACGGCAGCAACAACGGAGGACAGCAACACCAGCGUACUCGUGAGCGACGGUGUGAAUGAGAACACCGCACACGACAUACACACGGCACGUUUGUGGAGCUGCGCGUCGGCGGCGCGAUGCUCCGAAAACGGUGCGUGUCUGACAGAGAUACCUUCACGAGCAGGCAUGAACUCUACCGGUGUCGCCUGUGUAUCGCCGACGCGAGAGUUCUGGACCGCGCUGCGGCAGCUCGUGUCCGCAUUCGACGACUUGAUUCUCACAGAUGACGAACGAAUGGAAAACUCAGACGUGGCGACGAUGGAAGGGGUCGAAAACGUUCCUGCUGCACCGUGCUCUUCUCCCUCUUCAGCGGACGGGAGCGCAUCGGUGAUGCGUCGUUUGCGUUACACGCUUCCACCAGAGAGUGUCGAAGAGCUGGAACGACAAGUGGAGCGCCACGACGCAGCCCAGAGCAGCACUUUCUCCUCCUCUACCCAAUUGCCACCGUCGUCGCCUAGCGCGCACUCCGCCGCUGCUUUAGCACAGCAUGAGGAGCUUGAUGACGCUGGCUCCUGCAGAAAGAACGUGACCCACCCAACAGAAAAAACAGUGGACGACGAGAGUGAAGCUGGAUGUGCUUUGCCUCAUGUUGCCGCUGCUGUGCCGACAACGGUCAAGACCCCAACAGACCCGCUACGCCAUCCUGCGCUCUUCUGGCUUGAGUUUGCCUAUCUACUGCACCUCGCGUGUGAAGGUCCAACGAUCCUUUCGGCGGCCUUGAAGACGGCGGAGAGGAAUGAUGAUCAGAGAGACGAUCCUGUGGCACAGUUGAAGCGGCGACAGCGCCGCGACCGGCGGGCGGCAAAACGAAUUCGACUAGCCACCGUAGAUGUGCCUGACGCCUUCCGUGAACAGUGCUGGGAGGACGGUCUUGAAGAUGAAACGGAGAUUGCCGCCCGCUACGUGGAUCGGCUGGACGCACGAGCAGGUGGUAAAAAGAAGAAGUGCACGACGACCACUGCGUGA